AUGAGAUAAUUCGGAUGGAAAGAAAAAAAACAAAAAACUUUAAGCUUGCCUUUUGAUUCCCUACUUAAAAGACUCAAUGAAUUGUAAGAGUUGAAAAAUAAUUAUAUCAAAUCUCUAUCAAAUAAAAACGAUUUAGAGAAAUAAAAUGAUGAUUUGUAAACACCGAAUACCAAAAAUAAUUUGAUUCAAAAUAAAAUUAAAUAUGACGCUCCUAUUCUGCAUAUAAGGGAUAAAUAAUAUGAUUUAUCAAAAUCAAAUUUUCAAUAAGAAAUUAUAAAAAACCUUGAUAAACUAAACGUAGAAAUAGACAACCAAGCUUCUCAUUUAGUAGAAUUAAGACAUAUGUCUUCUAUUGAAUUUUACUUAUUGGUUUCCUAGUAUCACCUAAAUGAGAAUUUGCAUUUUAGUAAAAGUGAUAUUUGCACAAUUUGUUAAUUUGAAUUAUUCGAAAUUGAAGAUUGGGAGAAAUUUGACAAAAUAUUAACUUGUGAAUAACUUGUAGUUGGUCUUCCAUGUGAUCAUUAUUAUCAUAUGGAAUGUUUGACACAUUGUAUUAAGGAAUAACAUAUUCAAUGUCCUAUUUGUGGAAGGAUCUAUGGAAUUAAAACUGGUGAUUAACCAGAUGGAGAAAUGAUAUACCAUAUUGAAUAUAAUACUCAUUGUGAGAGUUACGAAGAUUAAGGGACAAUAGUCAUUUAUUAUAAUAUGUAUCCAGGAUAAAGAAAUGGUUAAAAUUUCCCAUCAACACAUAGAUAGGCUUUUUUGCCGGACACUCCUGAAGGAAGACAAGUGUUUAGAUUAUUAAAACUGGCGUUUGAAAGAAAACUAAUUUUCACUGUUGGUCGUUCGGUGACAACAGGAAAAGAUAAUCGAAUAGUAUGGAAUGGCAUUCAUCAUAAGACAAGUUUGAUGGGAGGAGUUAGUUGCUUUGGUUAUCCAGAUCCUACUUAUUUUAGUAGAGUAAAAGAAGAACUAGCAGCAAAAGGUAUAUAUUGA